AUGGUAAAUAAUGAAUCAUUUAAUAAGGUAUUUGGAAACAUUUAUUUUUUCAAACAGGUAACAGAUUUUUUACCAAGUUAUCCAGAACAAAUAAAUAUGGCCAAAACUUGUAAAAUAUUUAAUCAAUCUAUACGCAUUCUAGAACCAGCUAAAGCUUUAAAAAGAAAAAAUUAUUUAUAUGUUUUAAAACUAACUGAUACUAAUAAGGAGUAUCAUGAUAAUAAAGAAGAUAAAACAAGAAUAUUAUAUAUUAAUGAUAUAUCAUUGAAUAAUGAAAUAACAUAUUUAGAAAGUAUAAAAAAAUCUAGAGAAUUAGAAUUAUUUUAUGAAAUUAGAUUUCGUGUUGAUGAUCAUAGAAAAAGAUCACGUUCUUUGAAUGAUAAUAAAUUUGCCCUAAAAAUAGCUCCUUUUAUUGAUAAAUUAUUUGAAUAUUAUGUUAAUGCUUCUAUCUUAGAUUUUAUGGAUUACUCAAAUAAACUUGUUGCAACAUUUAAUAUUUCAAUUAUUAAAUAUCUCAAAUCUCCAAAAAUUAGAGUUAUUCGAGGUAUUGAUAUUAAUGCAAUAGCUGCUUAUUAUAUGUGUACAAAAGAUUAUGAUGUUGAUGUUGUUAAAAAUUUGAAAAAUCUUCAAGAAUUUGGUAUUUGUAAAAGUAAAGUUAAGUAUCCAUUAAUUGGUGAUCAAAAUAUGGAAAUGUUAUUACCCUUAUUUAAUUGUUUAUUAAAAUAUCCAAAUUUAAUUGUUGAUAUUUGUGGUGUUACAAAAGUACGAAAAUUUAACAAAUUAUGGAGUUUCUUAAUGACAAUAUUAUUAACAAAAUUUAAUUUAAAAACAGGUUUUUCAAUGGAAAUAUUUAGGGAGUUUGAAUCAUUUAAACAAUUAUAUAAUGAAGAAUUAUAUAAUGCUACUUGUAAUGAAAUUGUGGAAUUAAAAGUUAAACUAUUUAAUUUAGAUUAUUUUAAUGAUUUUAUUAAAAAAACAACAAAAUUAACAAGAUUAUCUUUAUAUAUUAUGGAUGAUUCACGUUAUAUAUCAUUAUUAGGAAGUUCAAUAGGAUCAUUUUUUGCUAGAAUUCAACAAAAAUGUAGUAUAAAUAAUUUAAAAGAAUGUACAAUGUUAAAAGAUGUUUUUAUUGGAACAGAAGUUUCUAUUUUUGAAACAAAUAGAAAACCUAUCCAAUAUAUUGAUAUUGAUAAUUUUAUACGAUAUUUAAUUAAGGGUUUACCAAAGAAUGUUUCUAAACUAACUAUUUCUUAUUAUGGGAUUUUAUCAGCUAAUAUUCUUUUAACUAUUACUGAGCAUUUACCACAUUUGAAAGAAUUAGUUAUUUAUAGAGCAGAUCUACCACAAGUUGAGUGGAUAAGAGAAUUUGGGCAUUUAGAAUGCCUUUAUCUUAAUACACCACCACUUUUUCAAAUACCACCAUGGUUACAAUGUAUAAUUAUAGAAUAUAAAGAUGAUUCAUAUAAUACAUUUAAUGAAUCAACAGCUUUAAUUGGAGGUAUGAGAGCAAAUCCAAUUCUAUUUAAUGAAUUUCGUUAUUAUACACGAUUAUAUGGAGAAGAAGAAAAUAAUUUUCAAAUAUAUUGUAGAAAAGAAUCAAUGUGGAAAUAUUAUCAGGUAGUUGUAAAGAAAUUAAGAGAAAAUAUUACUUAUUUGGAACGAGAAACUAAAAUACCAAGAAUUUAUUUUAAUUAA